UUCCAACCAACACAAAAAAAUAAAAAUGGCUGCCAAAGCCACAAUCCAAAUCUUCCCCGACGUCAAUCAUCUCCGAUACUUCGCUCUCUUUUUUCUCCUCUCGUGCCACGUGGCAUCCGGCGACGAAGGAACAUGGGAACUUCUUUUACCAAACGUCGGGAUCUCAGCAAUGCACUCUCAGCUCCUUCACAACGACCGUGUCAUAAUGUACGACCGAACCAACUUCGGUCCUUCCAACAUCUCUCUCCCUAACGGAGCCUGCCACAACAGCCCAGACGACCCAGUCUCGACAACCGACUGCACCGCGCACUCGGUUGAAUACGACGUCGCUUUGAACCGUAUCCGUCCCUUAACGGUCCAAUCCAACACUUGGUGCUCCUCAGGCGGAGUCACUCCCGACGGAACUCUUCAACAAACAGGAGGUGAUAAAGACGGAGAACGUAAAGUUAGACUUUUCGCUCCUUGCGACGACAAUAUUUGUGACUGGACAGAAGUCGAUAACGGACUCGCUGCAAGAAGAUGGUACGCUACAAACCAUGUCCUCCCCGACGGUCGGCAGAUCAUAAUCGGAGGUCGAGGUCAAUUCAACUUCGAGUUUUUCCCCAAAACAAACGCUCCAAAUCUCUACACUUUACCGUUUUUGUCCGAAACCAACGAUCCUGACGAAAACAAUCUUUACCCUUACGUUUUCCUAAACACCGAUGGUAACUUGUUCAUAUUCGCUAACAACAGAGCGAUAUUGCUCGAUUAUUCCAGAAACACUGUCGUCAAAACGUAUCCAGAGAUCCCUGGAGGCGAUCCAAGAAGCUACCCAAGCACUGGCUCGGCUGUUCUCUUACCAAUCAGGAACCUUGUGUUAGAGGUUCUAGUGUGCGGAGGUGCACCAAAAGGAUCGUACGACCUCUCUCAAAGGAGAAAUACUUUUGUAAAAGCGCUUGACACGUGUGCAAGAAUCAAUAUCAACGACGUGAAUCCUCAAUGGAUCGUUGAAAAGAUGCCGAGAGCUAGAGUUAUGGGAGACAUGAUGCUUUUACCUGACGGAAAUGUUCUGUUAAUUAACGGUGGUGGUUCAGGGACAGCUGCUUGGGAGCUUGGUCGUGAACCGGUUUUUAAUCCUGAUAUUUACCAUCCCGAUAAACCGGUCGGUUUAAGAUUCGAAGCUCAAAACCCAAGCAAGAUCCCUCGAAUGUACCAUUCUACCGCGACUUUGCUUCGUGACGGGAGAGUUCUUGUUGGAGGAAGCAACCCUCACGCGUUUUACAAUUUCACCGGCGUUCUUUUCCCGACGGAGCUGAGGUUAGAGGCUUUUUCGCCGUCGUAUUUGGAUCCUAAGUACUCGAGUAUUCGUCCUAGUAUUGUGGAUCCUAGGCCACAGUCAACGAUCAACUACGGUAGAAUCUUGAGGCUGAGGUAUACUGUAACCGGAAGAGUGAAAAGUCCGGUUAAAGUGACGAUGUUGUUUCCUUCGUUUACUACACAUUCUUUCUCAAUGCAUCAAAGGCUUUUGGUUCUUGAUCAUGUCAUUUCUUUUAGACUCGGGAUUAGCAGGAUUUAUGAAGUUAGAGUUAGGACUCCAAGCUCUCCGAUUCUUGCACCGCCCGGUUAUUACAUGGUUUUUGUGGUAAACCAAGAUAUACCGAGUGAAGGUGUUUGGGUACGUUUACAGUGAAAGUGAUUCAUUAACAUUGAUCAUUCACUCAUUAUAUGUGUUAAUUGGCUGAAAUUUUUAUUCUAAAAAUAUUGUUGAAGACUAUUUUAUGUAUUGAUUUCGUAGAGUUGUUUGUUAGUAUUCAAUUAUUAAAAGGAAUCAGAUACU